UACUUACUACCUUCGCUUGUGUUUUGUUUACUUUAUUUUAAACUGCAAUAAAUAACUAUGUACGUAGUAAGUGGGGCAAAUUUACAUGGCCAGUGGUUUGACGCGAUUCCUGUGUUAGAUGUAUUUCAACAUGUAUCCCUAAAAAACCCUGACGAUGAUAUUGAUAAAGGACUUAAAGGAGAAACCAAAUUAAUUCAUAUCUGCUGGUCGUACAAUUUGUUUCAAGAUAAAAAUAAGUUUUACUUAUCUGGAUCAUUUAAUGGAAAAAAUAAAAAGUUCAUUAAGCUGCCUUUACCGACAAGAGUUGUAUAUAACAAAUUGUUAUUGUGUGGAAAUGAGUACACUUUAUUUCUGUUUGAGAUAGAGUUACAUACAAUGUGGGUGAUCAAUUUGGAAGAUACAGAAAAUGUAAAGAAAAUAAAUAUGAAGACAGAAAUUCCAAGUAAAAUUAAACGGUUGAAAGAAGAUGAUGCUAUUGUAAAAGUUUGUACUACAAACUUUAAUUUAAUUUGUUUAACAGCGAAAGGAACUGUUUAUAGCGGACUACUGCCUGGACCCUUAGACGUCUCCAACUGCUUAGGCAAAGUUUGUGAUGUUCAAUGUGGAUAUGAGCACUAUCUUCUGCUUACCGAUAAUGGCAAAGUAUAUUCAUGGGGAAAUGGAAGGAGGCUACAGCUUGGCCACGGAGAUCUUAACAAUAUUGACUCUCCCAAAGAAAUAGAUGCUCUCAGCGGUAUUAACAUAACUAAGAUAAGUGCUGGAGGUUGGCACUCUCUAGCAUCAAGUGAAUCAGGAGACCUAUAUGCUUGGGGAUGGAAUGAAACUGGACAGUUAGGAAUAAAAGAGACAGAGCAACUCCACCAAAGUGGCCUCAACACCAACAGCUACAGUCAGCCCACAUUAGUUGACAUGUUUGAUGAAAAUGGUGAUGUAUGUGACACUAAUGUAAAAUACAUAUCAUGUGGCAAUCUACAUUCUGCAAUAAUAUUACAAGACAAUACUGUGUGGACUGCAGGCUCUAAUAAAUAUGGACAAUUAGGAUUUGCAAUAGAAACCACAAAAAAAAAACAUUUUUUCCAAAAGGCAUAUCAGUGUUUAGAAAAUUCCUUGAUAAAAUGUGGGCCUUGGGUUACUGUUAUUUACUAACUGUAAGUUAACAAAAUGUAUCUUAUAUAAUUUCAGUCUUUUAUACAUCUAACAGCUAGGCCAUACCAUAUCAAUAUUUUUACUCUCAUUCACAUUGUAUUAUACCAUAUAGUUACCUACCUAUGAAUAAUUCCAUAGUCGGCGUCAUGGAGUUCCGAUGACCGCACUGAGUUUUCCGUUUCACGAAAUAUCAGACGAAAUAAAUUCGUACAUAAGUGUGACAGGGAGGCAACAGGUCGGACGUGGUUCGCGGUAGGCCCUCAGAACAUUCGCCACCACCAACUCGAACUGAAGUUCAUCGAUGUUGCCACUCACCUGACAGGAAAUGCAUGUGCAUACGAAGUUGAAGAAUAGAUUAAUAGUUAUUUGAGAUAAUUACGAUACAAGUGCGGAAAAAUCGACACGAGUUGCGAAUUACCUAUUCGCCCGUACACGCGAUACACCAUACAAUGUUUUACAUACAGUACAAUGGUUCGACAUAUGCGUUAAUAUAUCGUAAGAUAUCUUAUGGCAAGGCAUCUUAAGAUUCCUUCCCGAAUGAAGGUUGAGGGAGGCGAUGGCUGAGAUACGCGUUAUACUACUGUCCGCGCGCUAAUUCCGUGCAUUUGGAGGUCGAGGAAUUCGCGCGCGGACAUGACUUAUACUCGUGAACGGGUGCUCUUUGUGGAGACUGGUCUAUUUAAGCUAAGAAGCUAACACGUUAGGAU